AUGAGCUUACCUUCAGUUAUCCACCACGGAAUUCUCGCUCCGGCGAAAUCGGAUCGAAUCUUUGUUACCAUUCCGGUGAUUCCGCCGGAAUUUCGAGCUCGUGGAUGGACUGAUUCUCGUUUGUCUCUCUUUCUAAAUCCUUCUCUCGUUUCAGCUGCGAAUCGUCGUCUCUCUCAUCUUAAUCCUAUUGCUUGCUCCAGAGAAACUGAUCAGGAAGAUGAUCUUUCUUCUUCUUCAGAGAAGGAAAGCAGAGAUCUUCUACCACACAAAAAUGAUUCGAGUGCAUUAGAUAGUGGAGGCUUGAAAGAAGAGACAAACAAAACAUCAUUCAAGACUGUUGCCUUGUGUGUAGGCACUGCGGUGGCAUUUGGAAUUGGAAUAGGUUUGAAGGAAGGUGUUGGCAAGGCAUCUGAGUUUUUCGCAGGCUAUUUGUUGGAACAAAGCUUGUCAGUGGACAACUUGUUUGUUUUUGUUCUUGUUUUCAAGUACUUCAAAGUGCCGCUUAUGUAUCAGAAUCGGGUACUUACCUACGGUAUAGCUGGUGCAAUUGUCUUCCGCUUCACGCUGAUAUUACUAGGAACAGCCACUCUCCAGAAAUUUGAAGCAGUCAACCUACUGCUUGCUGCAGUUCUUUUAUAUUCGUCAUUCAAGUUAUUUGCAAGUGAAGAAGACGAUACAGAUCUAUCUGACAACUUCAUUGUUAAGACAUGCCAGAGAUUUAUUCCUGUCACAUCAACUUAUGAUGGAAAUCGAUUUUUCACAACGCAUGAAGGCAUUUGGAAAGCCACACCAUUGCUACUCACAGUAGCAGUGAUCGAGCUCAGUGACAUAGCAUUUGCUGUUGACUCGAUACCAGCUGUUUUCGGCGUCACGAGGGACCCUUUUAUUGUCUUGACAUCUAAUCUCUUUGCAAUCUUAGGACUAAGGUCUCUCUAUACACUGAUUUCUGAAGGAAUGGGCGAGCUGGAAUACUUACAGCCAUCAAUUGCUGUUGUUCUUGGCUUCAUCGGAGUCAAGAUGAUCCUCGAUUUCUUUGGCUUCCAUGUAUCGACCGAGGCGUCACUUGGUGUCGUGGCGCUUUCUCUCAGCACCGGAGUACUGUUGAGCCUAGCAAACAAUUACGACGACAGCUAA